AAACAGGGGCUGGAUGUCAUGUAGCUGCAACACAAAGCACAGACACACAGACAGAUCAGAUCAACGCCGAUGAUCGGAGAGGUCGAGAAGAUGGUCGGAGUUGGCCUCGUUUGGGGCGCCACCAACGCCCUAAUGCGCCGCGGCGCUCUCCUCUGGCACCAAGCCCUCAAAUCCUCCUCUGCCCAGGCCCAGCCCGGCCCAAUCCACCACAAGCUUCUUGCCUCCUUGAUGAGCUGGCUCAAGCUCCUCGCAAUCUGGCAGUACACAGUCCCCUUCUUCGUCAACCUCUCCGCCUCCGCCACUUUCUUCGCCAUACUCAGCCACACUCCGAUCUCGCUUGCGGUACCCGUCACCAAUGCGACUACCUUCGCCGCCACCGCCGUGUUUGGCUUGCUCUUGGGGGAGCAGACCCACCUCGGUCUCGCUAUGUUCGGUACGGCUUUGAUUGUUUUGGGCAUUUGGCUUUGUAUCAAUUAAUCGGAUUUUCAAGUUUUGUAUAAAUUCUAUGCGUAGAUCAGCUUGUUUCGUUCGAUUACUGAAUGCUUGAGUGUUUGGCUGCUGAGAAAAUGAUGGAAAAUCCAGAGGAAAAUUGUCAUUUUAGUAAUACUUGAUUUUUCUCUGAAAUUUUAUUGAUCAGAGGAACUGAAAAAGUAAGAGAAUGAGACAAAUGUGAAUGAUUGAUUAACAAUUUGAAUUGCAAAUUUUACUUAUUGGGUUCA